AUGGCUCUCGUGAACCCUUCAGCCUUGCCAGAUGUUUCUCGUAGCAUCCCUGGUUCAAGGCAUUUCAGUUGGACAGCCGGCUUUCCGUACAUAUCACGAUUUGAUUCCCACGACAGCCUCCGCAAAUUAUAUGACAUUCAUUUGCCGUCAAGAUUGGAUGAACUUCGCCUUGAUGAUAUCAAUACAUUCACAACUUUGAAUUGCACCGCCCAGCAAGCGAGUUGCGAAAGAGCAGCCAACGCACGCGCGAGACCUUCUUGUCCGCAGAUACAAGUCGAAACUAUUCAAGAGGUCCCAUGCAGCGAAACUUUCGCUGAGAAUGUCAAGCUUCGGGGGCCCUUCUCUAGAUGGAUGAAGUCAUUACAUCGCCGAGUGAGUCAAAGAGACCACGAAAAUGUUUGGUCCCCAGAUACUGGAUGGGAAAAUCUCGAGUGCAGUGGAGCUUAUCAGCGAUCAAUUCGCCGCAGACUCAGUCGUCGGCUCUCGUCUUCUGGGUCUUCGCUAGGUUUCAUCGAAGCAGUCCAAAGUGCGAGUAUCAGCAUCGCUAGUGCCAGUGCCAUCUCGCGCUCACACCGGCAUCAUCGCCUUUCAAAUUGCCGGUCACGGACUGAGCGAAGCAGUCGAGCUUCUCUGUCUGCCCCAAGGUUUUCCGAAGACAGUAUUCCGUUCGAAAAGGUCAGCAUUGAUGUUGCUGCCGUCCAGCGUUCUCUUCGGCGCCGGCAGAUCAUCGAGGAGCUCAUCAAUACGGAGGAGAGUUAUAUUGGUGAUAUUCGUUUCCUUAUUCAUACCUACAUCAACCUGCUCGCUGCUCUCCCAACUUUACCAGAGAGGUUGCGCUCGUCCAUCAACCAUAAUCUCGAUCAAAUCCUUCAGCUCCAUGAAGAAAUACUUGGCGAACUACAUAGGGUAGUUCCGGAUUCUGAAUACAACCAAGCUGAUCAUCUUAUCGUAUCCUCCUCGAAAUCAAACAAUCCCAAAACUGGACAUCGCCGAUGGUCAAGCCUAGAUAUGGUCUCAGGGGAUCAAGGCAGCCUCCAGUUACUAGAAAAGGAGCCUGGUGUGCUGUCUGAGCCUCAGGUAGCAGCAGAAGCGGCCAAGAUUUUCAGCAGGAGGAUGCAUCGGUUCUUCAUGUAUCAGGAAUACGGUGCGAAGUAUGAGAUGAUGAUCAAAGACGCCACUUCAGCUCUAGAAAAUCUCCCCGAAUGGGAGUUACAUCAGAAGGGGCUUGAGGCUUUCGCGUUCACCAUGGAGCCAUCACCCUCGUCCGAUAGAAGAAAGGCUCUAACAAUAGGCGAUCUUCUUGUUAAGUCGCCGGCCGGCAUUGACGGUCAGUAUAUGAUCUGCUUGCUUUACAAAGACGUCCUCUGUCUGGCCUCUGGGGGAAAGUUUGAUCCUAUCUAUACGAUUCUGGCCUGUAUCGAUGUACAUUGUUCAGCUGUUGAAGAUGCUGACAAUGGGCGCGGCUUGCAAUGCCACCUAGCUCCCUUCUCAUGGAAGCUUGUUUUUGAGAGCGAUCAUCAACUCUACGAGGUGGUAAUGACGGCCUGUACGUCAAGGGAGGAGAACGAAUGGCGAACCCGGUUGCAGCAACCACUGUGCCUAGAGCCAGUUGGUAGAUCUCCUGGUCUUCAAAUAUUUCUCUCUCUUGACAUUCAAAGUCUAGGCACUGUGUUUGGACGACCUGGCAGUAUCGCGAGGAGUCUGUCAACGCAUCAGGCCUCUGUGGGAAGCUCCGAGUCAUCCCUGUGCCAUGUCAUUCUCAAGAAUACAAGUACCAUGAAAUCUAGUAGUGGUAUCAGCUCUGGAGCUAGACUCCAUCGUUCACAGUCUUUGUUGUCAACAAAAGUCAGAACGCCAGUCCUGGUACCAUCUCGAAGUGAAAGAGCGCGGCUGGAGGUGCUUCUCUCAGACGUCUGGAGUCAAGAUGUUCUUCCCCUUCCUAGCAUGACGAACAUUGCGCGGAAUGAGCAGAUAAUCAGGCGGUCAGCAUCAACCGUGAUGAGAAAGUUGAGUGUAUCCAGCAUGACGAAGAGGUCAGGAAGCUUGUCACGCAGAAUGAUCGAGGACCCAUCAAGUGAAGACCAGACCCUCCAGACAAGUUUUUCGAGCGAUAGUGGCUUUGACAUCUUUGACAAGACUGGUCGUGAGGAGAGCUCACACUCCUACACAAGUAAAGGCUCAGCGCUCCCAGAGACUCGAGAGCUAAGUGAGGAGGAUGAUCGUGUAUCGAACAUGUCUCCGAGGCUGGAGCUCACUCAGAUAUCCGAACUCGAACCUCUCAAUCUGAUUGAGAUUAUUUCAGACCAGCAGUUGCAAAGUGAGGCAGAAAACACAUCAGCUCUACAAGACUGUAUGACAAACAGGCUCCAGAUCAAUUCUCCACAAAGUGGUUCCAGAACAGCAACGCACUCUGUGGCGAAGGAGAAUCUGUCUCGCUUGGCAGAUGCCACCGCCGUGCAGAGCACAGAUGUUCCAUGGGGGAAGGAGAAAGGCUCGAGAAACGAAAAGAAAUGCACAGGCAUUCGCAGAUUCUUUCGGUAA